GCGGCGGCCAAUGGCCACGGCAGAGGCGGGGCCGAGCGGCAGAACCUGGUUCCCGAGGCGCGGCGGCCGCGGCUGGGGGCGGGGAGGGGGGCGCAGGACCCCAAGCGGGGGUCCCGGAGCCAGAGGGCCAAUUCCCGUCCCCCCAGCAGCAUGGCAUCGUGUGCUGAACCCUCUGAGCCCUCUGCCCCACUGCCCGCCGGGGUCCCACCGCUCGAGGACUUCGAGGUGCUGGAUGGGGUUGAGGAUGCAGAGGGUGAGGAGGAAGAGGAGGAGGAAGAGGAGGAGGAGGAUGACCUGAGUGAGCUGCCACCGCUGGAGGACAUGGGACAACCCCCGGUGGAGGAGGCUGAGCAGCCUGGGGCCCUGGCCCGAGAGUUCCUCGCUGCCAUGGAGCCCGAGCCCGCCCCAGCCCCGGCCCCGGAAGAGUGGCUGGACAUUCUGGGGAACGGGCUGUUGAGGAAGAAGACGCUGGUCCCAGGGCCGCCAGGUUCGAGCCGCCCGGUCAAGGGCCAGGUGGUCACCGUACAUCUGCAGACGUCGCUGGAGAAUGGCACGCGGGUGCAGGAGGAGCCGGAGCUGGUGUUCACUCUGGGUGACUGUGACGUCAUCCAGGCCCUGGAUCUCAGUGUCCCACUCAUGGACGUCGGGGAGACGGCCAUGGUCACUGCUGACUCCAAGUACUGCUACGGCCCACAAGGCAGCAGGAGCCCAUACAUCCCCCCGCACGCGGCCCUGUGCCUGGAGGUGACCCUGAAGACGGCUGUGGACGGGCCUGACCUGGAGAUGCUCACGGGGCAGGAGCGCGUGGCCCUGGCCAACCGGAAGCGGGAGUGCGGCAACGCCCACUACCAGCGGGCGGACUUCGUCCUGGCCGCCAACUCCUAUGACCUCGCCAUCAAGGCCAUCACCUCCAGCGCCAAAGUGGACAUGACGUUCGAGGAGGAGGCACAGCUCCUGCAGUUGAAGGUGAAGUGUCUGAACAACCUGGCGGCCUCACAGCUGAAGCUCGACCACUACCGCGCAGCCCUGCGCUCCUGCAGCCUUGUGCUGGAGCACCAGCCAGACAACAUCAAGGCUCUCUUCCGCAAGGGCAAGGUGCUGGCCCAGCAGGGGGAGUACAGUGAGGCCAUCCCCAUCCUGAGGGCAGCCCUGAAGCUAGAACCUUCCAACAAGACGAUCCACGCAGAGCUCUCAAAGCUGGUGAAGAAGCAUGCGGCACAGCGGAGCACGGAGACUGCCUUGUACCGGAAAAUGCUGGGCAACCCCAGCCGGCUGCCUGCUAAGUGCCCUGGCAAGGGUGCCUGGGUAAGCUGGGGCACAGAAUGGGCAGGGGCUGCGUGCAGGGCACGCCUAGCAGAGGGAUUUUAUUUUGCAUACAUGGAUGUCCUUGGAGACUGGGCCGUCCUGGGCGAUGCAGGGGACAUGGAGAGAGCCCAGCCCUGUGUGAUCACGAGUGGAGUUGAAGGUGGAACUCAAGCUGGAAGGCUGGGGGUGGACUAUGGAGCCUCUUCCAGGGCACGAGGGGCGGUGUCCUGGAGGAGGGGCCAUUUGAUUUGGGUUUUGCUGCAUGCGUAGGAGUUUGCCAGGAAGUGGGAAAUACAUAGUCUGGCAGUGAUUUGUUGGGAGGUCUGUUUGGGCUGUGCUGGCAGCUGAGGCCCCAGAGGCCAGUCUUGACCUCCCUCCACCCUUCUCUCCCCUCCUUUUUAUCCACAGUCCAUCCCAUGGAAGUGGCUGUUUGGGGCGACUGCUGUUGCCUUGGGGGGUGUGGCACUCUCUGUGGUCAUCGCUGCCAGGAACUGAACACCUAGCUGGCCGCCACCCCCUCUGCACACCAUGGACCCUGCCCUGCGCUCCCCAACUCCCCCAGGCUCCCUGUCCACUGCCCUCCCUUGUCUGGCCCCCUCCUCCGGGUUAGGGGAGCAAGGAUUGGGGGUCGUGCAGCCCAGCCAGCAGGAGGGACUGAGGCCCUCUAGGAGGAAAGCCCAGAGGGAGGGGGCCCUCCUUCCUUCAGACCCAGUUUUCCCCCACCCUCCUUACCCCGCUGGGCUAGGUCUCCGCCAGGGCCGGCCUCAGUUUCUCCUCAACAGGCCUGGGGGCAGCCCUUCCCCUGCCUAGUCCCCGCCUGAGUGCCAGCCCCCCUGCCCCGCCUGCCACCCCCUGUCCAGGUUCCCUCCCCGCCACAGUGAAAUAAAGCGUCCCACCCUGCA